GGGACCCCCACCUGGGCCGGGCGCGGCGGGGGAAGGGGAGGGCCGGGGCGGGUCCCGCGGCCUCGGGCAGGCGGCAGGAGCGAGGCGCCGGGGCGGCCCGUGAUGGCGGGGGGGGGGUGGUCCCUGGUGGGGCGGGGGCCGCUCCCAGGUGCGGGGCCGGGGGCGGUGACUCCGGGUCGGGCCGGGGCUCGGGGGCGGCGGGACCCGCGCCCGCAGGUGACAGGGCGACCGCUCGCCCACGCGCGGUGUCGGCCGGGCGGGGCCGGGGAGCGGUGAGGAAGCACCGGGAGGAGACCGGGGCCCGCAGCCGGCGCGGGGCCCCCCCCGGGCGCUCCCGCCUCGCUGGCGGCACGGCCUCGUCCUUCCCCGGGCUCACCCCCGCCGCUGCUUUGCUGCCACAGCUCGCGAGCUGCCCGCGGUGUGGGACCCGCUGCCUGCAGUGUCGGUGCUGCCGGGCCGCGAACCUGCUGCUGCGGUGUGGGACCCGCCGCCUGCAGUGCCGGUACUGCCGGGCUCCGGGACCCGCAGCCUGCACACCUUCCCUCCGCCGCUCACACACUUCGUAUUCAGGUGAUGCCUCUGAGCGCUGCCGGGAGUUGGGGCUCUGCGGAUCCGCAGGGCAGGCUGGGGUGGACGGAGUCUGUUGAAUGUCUCACAAACCACCCCGGUCCUGUGUGCCCACGGUGAACUGACCGUGGCGAGCUGGCUCAGGGGCUGCAGGUUCCCUCUGGUGCGCAUGCAGGUUGCAUUCCCGCUUUCCUCCAUCCGCUAUGUCUAGAGGAGCAGGAUCAGGCAGGAAGGCACUGCCUGUGCCUCGACUUUCUAAAUCCCGUGAGCAGGUGGGUUUUCCUUGGGCGAGGACUUUGCUGAGGGGGAGGCUGGGGUCUCUCUGGGUGAGAUCUGAAACCAAGGUCCCGAUGCUGUGAGCCGUGCUGGUGACUGUUCUUCCCAGGAGCUGAGGUCACCCGGGUGCUGCCGGUGCCGGUGAAGAUGCUGGUGCUGGCAGUGCUGGCUCACGGGCCAGCUUCCUGCCUGCCGCAGUUGUGCAACGCAGCUGAUUAGGAGGCUGCUGUUCCACCCAGAAGUGACUGCACUCGGCGGUGGGGAGUUUAAUGUGUGAGAUAAAGUGCAAGCGCCCAGCCCUGCUGGUGUGUGCGGCCCAGCAUGGGCGUUGUUGUAUGCAGCCCAUUAGUGGGAGAGCACUGCAGGGAGCGAUUCUGCGAGCAGCCUCUCGCUGCUUCCCAGAAUUGCCUGGAAGACGUCCCGGGUUGCCUCUCAGCAUCAGAAAUUGCCCGCUCACCGUACCGCAGGGCGGCGCUCAGAAUGGGCAGCACAGCUGCCUCCAGGUCUCCGCUGCUGUCCCUAUUGCAGGGACAUCACGGUCCACAGCUCUCCCGAAGCCCUCGAGCUCUGUUGGUUUUGCAGAGGACGGUUUGCUGAGGUCUCAGUGUGGUGGGAGCCCGACGGGGGGAGGCUCUUGCUGGUGGGAUUGUGCUGACGCCAGUGUCUGCCCCGCGAUACGCAGCCCCUCUCCAGCCGUCUGCCUCAGCAGAGAGCAAAUCCCGAGGUGAGCAGCUGGCGGCACAGAUGCGGGCUCCCCCCGCUCCUGCCAGGGCGUGGGGCCGCACUCCCACCCCCUUCCCAGCAUCUCCCUGCGGGGAUGAUAGUGACGCUGAACCAUCCCCAGACCAGAGCUGACUGAGCGAGGAGGUGCAGGGGCAAGUGCCUCUGGAGCGGUGGGACAGCAGUGUUGUGAUGGGGACCCAGGCCUGCUGCAGGGAGCGCCAUCCCGUCCUGGCACCGUGUCCUGAGCUGGGCCCUGUCUUGGCUCAGGUCCGGCCCUGGGGCAAGGGGGAUUGGGCAGUGCUGAUAAUCCUGCUGCACCCGAGGGAUUACUGCUCGCUCUGGCCCGGGGGAUUAAGGGAUUUCUCUAAGCGGGGCUGAUGCAGCCUCCCGCAAAGCGGCUUGUGCUUCGGGGGCCUCGCUGUCUAGGGUAGGAUGGCUGGUGCCAGGAGGCAGGAUGGGCUGUGUGAGGUGCGGGAGAUCCCUGAAGGAGGGUGGGCUGUAAAUUCCCCAGCAGGCUGGGGGUCCCCACCCGGUGGGAAUCCCUGCCCUCUCCUCACUGCCACUCUGCACAGCCCUGUUUUGCUGGCAGGCCCUUUGGUGUGGGCUCAGCGGUUUCGGUGGCAGCCCUUGACCACAGCAUGCGCCUCUGCGCUGAGGGGACUGGAGGGGGGGACGCUGCCGGUGACACACCAGCUCCUCCCCUGGCAUGGCGCAGGGGUGAGCCGAGGCGAGUUUCUGGGCCCGGUGCGGGGAGCGGCUCUUCCGCAGAGCUCUGGGGCUCCCAGGUCAAAGACACGGGGACAGUGGAGAGACGGCACCGGGCUCAGAGAGCAGAGCCAGGGGCUGGCAGGGCUCGGGCAGAGGCAAUGAACCGGUGCCUCUCCUGAGAUCUUCGGCAGCAGGGAAUGAUAAGCCACGUCGCUGACGCUCAGCAAUUACACGUCAGGGAUGCAGCCAGGCCCGCGUGUCCCUGAGCAGCUGUUUUGGCCCAUUUCUGCUCUGGGCCUGAGGGAGGGGGAGGCUGCUCUCCGGGGCCCCGCUUUCCGGCAGGCAGGAGGAUCAAGGCCUGGAGACUGUGGUUAACUUAAUCCUGGGAUGUUUGUAAACACCCUGCCUUGCCUGGCCAGGGUGCGAGGACCGAGCCGGGUGUCUGCGUCGCUCUGCGAGGGAGAUGACGCCUGGCCUUGCUUCAAGCCAGCUGGAACACCCAUGGGUGCCCUUGCUGCCCGAGGGUUUCUCCAGAUGCCUGGCCAGGGCGCUUGCCACACCACGUGCCCGGCUCAGCCCCCCUGGCUCCUCUCACCUGCCCUUUUGCCUUCUGGCGUUGUGGCCCCUGGGAAAGGGGAAGCGGUGCUGAAACUAGAAGGUCGGUCAUGUCAGCAGCAAGCACCUGGCCGCCCUCGCAGCCCUGGGAGCUGCCUUUUUCCGCCUUUCCUCCUGUCUGCACCCAUACUGCUCUUGGGAGCCAGGGUCCCCUCCUGACCUACACUCUUCUGCCUGCAAGGACGGCUUCUUCCAGGGUGCCCUCCCCUGCUGCCUGCCCCGUCAGGGCUCCUGGUGAACCUGCCCGGCUCAGGUUUCUCCUAGCUCAGCGCGUCCCAGUGCUUGCUGGCGCAGGCGAGCAGAGCUUGCUGGCUCCUGGCAGCCGAGAGCCGGCGGCCGGGCUGCCCACAGGACGCUGCCUCGUGCCCCAACAGGCUCUGGGGUUUGUUACUCACGGCCAUGCCCUGCGCUCAGGGAUUGCUCCUGCUUUGAGGGGAAGAGCUGUCGGUCCGGUUUGGGUUUGCUGGGGGGACGCAGGUGCAGUGGGGCUGGGGGGCGGGAUCCCAGGGCAGAACCCCCCUGGUUCCUGCUGCAGGACCCCCCUGUACUCCAGGACCGCAGCAGAGCAGGAGGCACCUCCAUUGCCGCCGGGGCAUGCCCGGAGCUCAGCCGUCUGACCGGCAUUGCCGGGGGGCUGGCAGAAGGCGCAGCGGGCCUGCCCGUGCAUGGCACGCGGGGCAGGCAGAGCCUGUCGGGGCUGUGCCGGGAUCAGCGCCCGGGCCCUGCGCCCCACGAGCCGGGGCUGUGGCAGCACCCCCUGCUCCCCACGCCUUGCCAGAGCCGCCUUGUCUCUUGGUGCACCUUCCUUUAUGCAGUGAUGGUUGCUACGCGACCGCCGGCUCCCGAUGCUUAAUGCUCUAAUACGGAGGGAUAAAACCGCUCUAAAAAUACCCCACUGCCGGCCCCCCGCGGGGGCAAGGGGGCUGCCGGGGGGCAGACGGCCCUGGGCGGGGGGGCUGCCGGGGAGUUCCCAAACUCCUUGUCCUCUAAGUGGCUUUGAGCUGCCAUCCGGAGCAUCGGGAGCGGAGCGGGCUGGCGUGCAGGCAGGGAGCGGGCUGGUGUGCAGGCAGGGAGCGGCAGGGAUUGGUUGGGGCUGGUGCGUGGGCUCCCGCCGCUGGAGCUCCCCUGCCAGAGCCGCCUUCCCCGGCUCCAGCCAGAGCGGGGAGUCCUCCGGCUCACCUGCCUGCACCCUGCCCGCGGGCCCCGGCGCCGGGGAGCCGCUGCUCAGCCACACGGGACCUGCCAGGCCUCUGCCUGCCCCGUCGGAGUCGGACCUCCGCAGCAUGGGGACGGUCAGCGAACUCUGUGCCUCCAGUUUCCAGGCCUUCCUCUGCCCCUCGGUGGCUGCCAAGGCAGUGCCCAGUGACCUGACCCCGGAGGAGUGCCAGGAGCUGGAGAACAUCCGCCGCCGCAAGCAGGAGCUGCUGGCUGACAUACAGCGUCUGAAAGAUGAGAUAGCAGAAGUGACGAAUGAGAUCGAGAACCUGGGGUCCACGGAGGAGAGGAAAAACAUGCAGAGGAACAAGCAGGUGGCCAUGGGCAGGAAGAAGUUCAACAUGGAUCCCAAGAAGGGCAUCCAGUUCCUGAUCGAAAACGACCUGCUGAAGACCACAUGCGAGGAUAUCGCUCAGUUCCUGUACAAGGGAGAGGGCCUCAACAAGACAGCCAUCGGUGACUACCUGGGCGAGAGGGAUGAGUUCAACAUCCAAGUCCUGCAUGCCUUCGUGGAGCUGCACGAGUUCACUGACCUCAACCUCGUGCAGGCCCUGCGGCAGUUCCUGUGGAGCUUCCGGCUGCCCGGGGAGGCGCAGAAGAUCGACCGGAUGAUGGAGGCCUUUGCCCAGAGGUACUGCCAGUGCAACCCUGGCGUCUUCCAGUCCACAGAUACCUGCUACGUGCUCUCCUUUGCUAUCAUCAUGCUGAACACCAGCCUGCACAACCCCAACGUCAAGGACAAACCCACGGCAGAGCGCUUCAUCGCCAUGAACCGUGGCAUCAACGAUGGGGGGGACCUACCUGAGGAGCUGCUCCGGAAUCUCUAUGAGAGCAUCAAGAACGAACCCUUCAAAAUCCCUGAGGACGAUGGCAAUGACCUCACCCACACCUUCUUCAACCCAGACCGGGAGGGCUGGCUGCUGAAGCUAGCAUUAUCACCUCCGCAUCCCGGCUCCACAUGCAGGCAGCGUGCAUGGCAUCCCCGCGGCCCCGCUGCACAGCCCGGCUCGAGGCCGGCGAGCCCGCUCCACGCCCUGGCUCCUGUGGCUUCUCCUCUCGGCAGCUCUGGGGAGUCCUCUGCCCGGGUUAAGCGAGGGGGGACGGGGUGCUGGCAGGAGCGGGGUCUAGUGGGGGCCUUUCCCUGGGGUUCUGGCUGGGGAUGGGACUCUGUCCUCUCACCGGGGGGUGUUUCUGCCAUGUUGCCACCCCCUCGGGAUGGGAGAGGGGCCUUGCCCCCCACCAUGCCCUGACCAGUGCAGAGCCCAGCCUUGGGGCUGAGCAGGGCCCAUCUGCCCCCCAGCUCUGGGGUGGGGGGACGCAGGGGAGAGCCGCAGACCUGCCUCUCCUGUCCCUGAGCAAGCCCAGUGCCCCGCUGGCGGAAGGGCGCCUUGCCCGGCAUGUUGGCGACUGCCACUGUCGGGGCUGUUGGCGGCGCAGGGGGGCAGAGAGGCGGCAGAGCCGCUGUGGGCCCCAGACCAGCUGCGGGCCCCAGACCAGCUGCCACGAAUCAGCCCACUCUGGGGCAGGGAGGGACCCACAGGGAGGCCAUGGGGUGGGGGGAGCCAGGUCCUGCACCCCCCAGCUGAGGAGAUCCGUCCCGCAGAGCCACAGCGAGCCAGGGCAGGUUGGCCCCCGCGGCGGUGCCGCCCGCCCGGCCCCUCACGGCUUCCCUGCUGCAGCCCUGCCCCACUGACCCGCGCGGGGCGAGGGGGGUUCUUUGGGGUUUCCUCUUUUUUUUUUUUUUUUCCUUUUUUUUUAAUUUUCUUUUCUCCCUCAUUUGUAUGUUUCCAUGAUUUUGG